UGGCACCAAAAAUUUCAAUUUGCAGUUAAAAAGGCGCAUCCCUUUUUCUGCCUUUCAGAGCGUUUUUCUGAGAUCAGCUCCGAUCCUGCAUUGAUUCUGCAGCUCCAUUUCUCGAUUGGGCGGAGAGGUGAGUGCCGGAGCUUACCGGAAAAUGGACGGAAAUCCGGAAUCGAAGGCGGCGUUGUUGGGAGAGGCGAUGAAGCGCGGCGGUAGCGGGAGACGCGGCGGCCGACUGAGUCGGCGUUACUCGGUGAACUCGCUCCGGAGCGAGUUCAUAUCCAGAUUGCCUGAAAAACUGAGGUCUCGUCUUCAGGACGUCGAGUCUCCAUAUGAAAUUGAUCUUUCGCGGUCGCCUGGCUUCUGCAGAGGGGAAAAGGACUACUAUGAAAGGCAACUUGCUACCUUGAAAUCCUUUGAGGAAGUUGAUUCGUUGGGGACAUCUGACUGCAUUGAUGAGGAAGACGGUGAAGAACAAGCUCAGCAAGAGAGAGCUAUGAAGAUCUCAAAUUAUGCAAAUAUAGUACUUCUUAUAUUGAAGAUUUAUGCUACAGUGCGGAGUGGAUCCAUAGCCAUUGCUGCAUCUACACUAGAUUCUUUACUUGAUCUCAUGGCUGGUGGAAUACUUUGGUUUACUCACUUGUACAUGAAGCGAGUAAAUAUUUAUAUAUACCCAAUCGGAAAGCUGAGGGUGCAGCCAGUGGGCAUUAUUGUAUUUGCUGCUGUCAUGGCUACAUUAGGCUUUCAGAUAUUGUUUCAAGCUGUAGAACAAUUAAUUCAAGAUAAACCGUCCGAAAGUCUGUCGCCAGAACAGUUCAUCUGGUUGUGUGCGAUUAUGAUCUCUGCCACAAUAGUAAAACUUGCCCUAUGGUUUUACUGCAGAAGCUCAAGAAAUGAUAUUGUGUGCGCUUAUGCAAAGGAUCAUUACUUCGAUGUGGUAACAAAUGUGGUUGGAUUAGUUGCUGCUAUUCUUGGUGAUAAGAUCUUUUGGUGGAUAGAUCCGGUUGGUGCUAUUGCCUUGGCCAUAUAUACAAUUUUAAAUUGGUCUGGAACUGUAUGGGAAAAUGCAGUUUCGCUCGUGGGAAAAUCAGCCCCUCCUGAAGUUCUGCAAAAGUUGACAUAUCUUGUCAUUAGGCAUCCUGGGGUCAAGCGUGUUGACACGGUUCGUGCUUACACCUUCGGCGUUCUUUAUUUUGUAGAGGUGGACAUUGAACUUCCGGAGGAGCUGCCCUUGAAAGAAGCACACGCCAUUGGAGAGACGUUGCAGAUAAAGAUCGAAAAGCUUCCAGAAGUUGAGAGGGCGUUUGUUCAUCUUGACUUUGAAUGUGAGCAUAAGCCAGAGCACUCUAUCCUCAACAGGUUGCCAAACACUCAACCUUAAUGCUUUUUAGUAUCUGUUCUAUUACCAUCUCCACUCGUUUGUCCCUGUUAAAAAUGUUUUUCCUUUCAAACAAUGGUGCAGUAAGGAAUCGAACCAUCAAUCUUUAGAUGUCUUAUCUAUUGAGUUAUUCGAAUCGAGACUUUUAAAAAUA